AUGCUUGAUUUACUGCGUGGAGGCUUGGAACGUGGGAUAACCGUCCUUGUACACGUGGAUGAGUGGGGAUUCCAACCCCAGGGGCCGGCGGUGGCCGGUGGGCGGGACGCCCUUUGGGCCUGGCGUCCCGCCCGCCCGCCAGCUGGACCGAUUGGGCACGGCCUCCGCUGCGGCCGCCGCCGGCCCGGUGGCGCCGCGAGCCCCGGGCGGUCGGGCGGCCGCCCGCCCUCACAGGCUGCGAAAAGGCCACGGAACCGUCUACCUGAACAACGCCGCGCCGUCCGCAGAGGAAGGUCAUUUACGGCUGACGACUUUCUCCCAGCGCGGGUGGUGGAAGGGCGGACGUCCGUCUUGGUAAUGAAGGAACUUCAGCGGAAGAGCGUUUUUCCAGCAGCCACCGCACCCUCUCUCCAACUUCCCUUUCGCGCCGCUAGGGGCGCGCCACUCACUUCCCUUCCCUUCCCCUCGCCAGCGCGGGAGCGCAGCCUCUGCCACCGGAAAUAUUUGAUGAGUCGCGCAGCGGGGGAGUCAUUGGUGGGGCAGCCGUGUUCAGACGAUCAUUCGCUCUCCCCGACUGUACGGUAA